ACGGUGUGGAUGUUCUCCCGAAAUGUGUUUGUCAUUCUUGUUUGGUGUGGAUUCACAGUGUGGCGCAUAUUUGUAACAGUGUUAAAGUUGUUUAUACAGCCACCCUCAGUGUGACCUGUAUGGCUGUUGACCAAGUAUGCCUUGCAUUCACUUGUGUGUGUGUAAAAGCCGCAUAUAUUAAGUGGCUGUUUGUAUGGAGGAAAAGCGGACGUGAUGACAGGUUGUAGAGGACGCUGAAGGCAGUGCCUUUAAGGCACGCCCCCAAUAAUGUUGUCCGGGUGGAAAUAGGGAGAAUGGUUGCCCCGGGAGAUUGUCGGGAGGGGCACUGAAAUUCGGGUGUCUCCCGGGAAAAUCGGGAGGUUGAAACCGAUACCGAUAAUUUCCGAUAUUACAUUUUAAAGCAUUUAUCGACCGAUAAUGAUUUCUGUUCAUACCCUUCAGGUGGAUCUGCACCGUGUUGCCAUCAAAGAAGACUGUAACUGUGUAGUUGGACUGCGAUAUUUUAGCAGUCACUCCGCUCUGAUCCUUGGUGCACGAUCACAUGGUCCAAGAAGCUGACGUCCUUGCGGCGCCGCUCCUUGAAUACGCCCUGGAUCCGGACGUUUGGGACGGCCCCAGACUUCAUCAGAGUGUAUCCGCAUCGGUCAGUCACAGUGUGAACCCGGCCGACAAAAUCGAUGACCGUGGAGGCGGUCAAAGUGCACAUGGCGUCAAAGGCGCAGCUGAUGGAAUAGAUACAGUUUCGGAAUGAAGAGGAGCAAUCUUUAUGUGGUCUUACCUGUCUGAAGGCCAAGCACCGCCAGGUAGAGAAGGAAGCAGGACAUGAUGGAGGUGCACUCACAGGUUGGCGAAAAAGGAGGCGGAGGAGAAAGAGAGUUGAAAAGCCAGCAGCGUUCCGGCGCUCUCCCUGACGGAGAUGGCGGAGGAGGCCGAGCUGUGUUUCCCGCUGCUCGUCAACACGUCCUGCCGGAGGACGCCGCGCCCUCGCCUGGCUGUCGUCGGCGUCUUCGUGCUGCUGCCGGCCGUCUUUCUGCUCACCGUCACUCUCAACCUGAUGGUCAUCAUGUCCAUCUCACACUUCAGCUGCAGACGCCCACCCACCUGCUGCUGCUGUCUCUGGCCAGCUCCGACUUCUUGAUGGGCGUCUUCCUGUUGUUCCAGAUCUUCCAGCUGGACGGCUGCUGGUUGUUCGGCGACGCGACGUGCGCCGCGGUUUACCUCCUGGAUCACCUGAUCUCGUCGGCCUCCAUCGGGACCAUGGUGCUCAUAACGGUGGAUCGUUACGUGGCCGUCUGCGACCCUCUUCACUACCUCGUCAGGGUCACCAGGAGACGAGUGGAGCUUUCCAUCGUCCUGUGCUGGUUGUUUUCCUCCGUCUUCAACGUGGCGUGUUCCAUCGACACGCUGCAGCGGCCGGGCAGGGGCGUCUCCUGCGUGGGCGAGUGCGUGGUCCUCGUCAGUGGCGCCGUAGGACAAGUGGACCUGAUUUUCACCUUCAUCGGCCCCAUCAGUACCAUAGCACUGCUGAACAUGAGAGUCUUUGUAGCGGCCGUGUCUCACCGAGUCUCGGUCCUGCCGCGCCCGCGCAGCCCCAAGAGGUCUGAGCUGAGGGCAGCCAGGACGCUCGGGGUGGUGGUGAUCGUGUUUUUUGUGUGCAUCACGCCGUACUUCUGCGUGGUCGCCUCAGGGCAGAACGUGGCACUCAACUCGUCGUCGGCGGCCGUUAUCAUUUGUUUGUUCUACUUCAACUCCUGCAUCAACCCGCUGAUCUACGCUCUUUUCUACCGCUGGUUCAGGAAGUCCAUUAAGCUCAUUGUGACGCUCCAAAUUCUGCAGCCUGAUUCCAGCAGGGCGCACCUGCUGUAGACGCACUUCUGCCUCAUAACGACAAUAAUCAUAAAACAUUUGAUUCAUUAAGGGCUCAAAGAUGCUGCACAAAGAAUCAGAAUUGUUUUUAUUGCGAUUGUCAGUGAGGGUUCUCAUACUAGGUUUUCAACUAGCAAAAAUAAACCUUAAAGAAAAAACAGAAUAUACAACAAUUCUUCUCAAAAAAAGAGGAGAAAUAUAAUCUUAGAGAAAAACGUAAUUUAAAACAUUUGUUUGCACGUACAACACUUAAGACCUUCAGUAUAUCAGUAUGUGGAAUUAAAUUAUGGAAUGGAUUAAGCAAAGCAAUCAAACAAUGUACUAAUAUGAUACACUUCAAGAAACUCUUCAAACUUAAAGUGUUUACAAAGUACAAAGAAGAAGAACCAUGACAAACAUUCUCAAUUUAUUUCAUCCAUCCAUUCAUUCAUUCUUAAAGUAAUCUUACUUAUCUCAUCAUAUGAAAUAUGACUUACUUCACCAAUUAUUAUUAUUAAAUUCUUACUAUUAUUUAUUUAUUUAUUCAUUUUUAUUGUGAUUACUUAUGGAGUUUAUUGUGAAUAAAUUGUGAAC